GAGAAAAGGUUGCUGUGACAAGAGGCUCAGUGGUUGCUGGUUUGCCUCCUCAAGCAUUUCUUGCUCACUGCAGUUCUGCUCGCUGCUUCCUACAUCUACUUCUGGACAAGUGCACUCCAGCAAGCAGCAAACCUGUUAAUCAUUCUCAAAAUGAGUAGGUGCUGCUUACACUGCUGCUGUUUUUUCCCCCUCUCUCACUGCUGGUCACAAAGCUCAUCGGGGCACCUAUAACUGUCAGACUGACAAAAAUAAUGGAACACAGGAAAUGUUCGUGUGUUUCAUCAAGAAACACAGAGGAGGAAACAAAAAAGGGAAGACACAGUCAUGAACUCACCAAGUAGCAAUGUGUUGUAUGUUCCAAAGCAACACUAUACUGUCAUGGCCUUCUGUGUUUUCAGUGACAUAAAGUAAAAAGUCACCUACCCUCUGAAAUCCUAACAAUACAGUACUCUGGAAAGUUAUCCAGGAACAACGGCUUCCUAUGUGGUAAGAGUCAAACCGAACACUUCAGGUAGGAUCUUCCAAGAAGCAGAGGAAGAACAUGGCAUCACAAGCAUGAGGCUGAUCCAGCUCUAGAGAGCAGCAUGAAUGACAGUGUUAAGACUAGGGAUGCUACAGAUCACGGUGACAGCAAUAGCACAGCACCGGGGGAUGCCCAGAGGCUAAACUGGUUUUUGAGGCUGCAAAAGAAGUUUGCUUCCUGCCGACAUUCCCAUUGGCUGGAGUAGGAUUUUUCAGCCCCGGCAGAGCAGGCUCUGCUGGUAUAUCUAGCAGCAGCACUCCUGAGCAGGCAGAGAGAAGGACGUGCACUGGUGGUCUGUCAGGAUUGCAGAAUGGAUCUGAAGAUGUUCCUGGUCUUCACUGCAUUUUUGCUUCACACUUCCCUGGGCUUUCCUAUUCAGGAGAAGUAUGAAAACAGCACAACAACAACAGAACCUACUGAGGUUACUACACAAGAGGAUGUAUAUGAAUCUCCAUUGCCUACAGAGACUGAUGUUGAGGAAGAAGUUAUUUUUAACAAAAUUCUGAAAGUCAACCAAGACAGCUCUCAAUACUUGCAAGAAGGUGACAUAGUUCCACGAAGGAGUCGCAGUGCCAUCAACUGUCGCCAUUGCAACUGGCCCCAGUCCCGUGAUGGGAUUGUUCGUGUUCCCUAUGUCUUGGAUCCUACCUAUGAGGAGAGCCACAUAAAAGGGAUUCAUGAUGCCAUGGCAGAAUUUGAAGCACUUACUUGUAUUAAUUUUGUGAAGCGCAAGACAGAACGUGAUUACCUCAGCAUUAAAUCUGUUGAUGGCUGCUGGUCCAACUAUGGGAGAGUAGGAGGUGGACAGACUGUCUCUGUGAUGAAAGGAGGAUGCUUGUGGAAAGGAGUAAUUCAGCAUGAACUGGAGCACGCUCUGGGCUUUUUGCAUGAACACUCUCGAAGUGACAGAGAUAAGCAUGUAAAGAUCAUGUGGGAGUACAUCAGUCCACCUGACAGAUCAGACUUCAAGAAAUUUGAAAACUCCAAUAACCUGGGUCUUCCGUAUGACUAUUCCUCAAUAAUGCACUAUGGCCCAUACACAUUCACUAAUACCACUGGAAAAGCGACAAUUGUACCAAUUCCUGAUGGAUCAGUACAUAUUGGACAGAGGCAGGGGCUGAGCAACUUGGACGUGGCCAAAAUCAACAAACUUUACAACUGCAGUCGUUGCAGCACUAUUCUUGACGGAACUUCUGGGUCACUGAAAUCUGCCAACUACCCAAGAAAUUAUUCAGAUAACACCAACUGUGUCUGGCUCAUCCGAACCCGAUCCAAAAAGGUUUCCCUGUACUUUCAAGCCUUUGAGCUGCAGAAAACCAGAGGCUGUCAGGGUGAUUAUGUUAAAGUUUAUGAUGGAUCCAGCAAGUCUUCUGCAGUUCUAAUGGACAAGACCUGUGGAUCAAAGAUACCAAAUUACAUAGUUGCUUCUAGUAAUCUUAUGCUUGUAGAAUUCAUCACAGAUGGUGCUUAUACAGCUUCUGGUUUCCAAGCCACCUUUGCUGCUGUGAGUAAUCAAAGAAGAUCUAGCAUCCACAACUGACUUAAUGAAGAACCUACUCUGUGAAUAUUGAAAUUAUGUUUCCUACUUUGCUUCUAUCCUGGCUUGGAUCAGUAUGAAAUUUAUUUCCAUUAAGAAUCAAAGUUUUCAUCUUCUGGAGAAAGUUUAUUCCCCAAGCCAUAUAAAUGUACAAAUUCUAUACAUCUUGUAUACUCCUCCUUUUGUCUGCACAGUUAAGUUAUUACCUCUUUCUAUUUAACAAUUGAAUAAAAAGCUUAAU